GGUACCAACAUGGCCGCCGAUCAUGCGGAAGUUCUGUGAUUACAAAGUUCAUGAUCAGUUUUUCGUUCACGCACAACCAUGCCCCUGAGAGAACAUGUAUCAGGCUGGGUGGAGAGAGGAUUAGGUGUGGUAUUGAGGGUUCCAUCCCUGCUCCUACUGGAGGUGCUGUACCUGUGGGAGGACAGUGUCGGCAAAUACCUGCCCUACAGAGGGAUUCAUCAACAGAACUUCAGCUUCCAGUACCUGUCAUGGAACGCUUACAUUCUGGGUUACAUCCUUGCCCUGACAAUCUUCCUCCUGCCUCUCAAGAAGCUGAUCCAGCUCUACACACACAUCCUCUCAGCAGUCAUCCUUCUCCUCAGCCACCUAGCAGCUGGCACCUACAUUGCAGCCGAGCUGGAGCAGGGCUACGAGGGCCUCGUGUUCUACAACGACGACAGUUUCCACCGAUUCGUCAUCCAUCUCGUGGGGCAAAGCCUCGCCGCGCUGGCAUGUUCCUACCUCAUUGGUGACAGACGAUUGUGGCCUUAUUCAGCCUCAUUGAUUCCUCUCAUAGCAAAACUCUGUAUGAUGCCUCUGGGAAGCUUAAAGCUCUUCCACACCUUUGCUGCUUUGUUCACCACCCUAGAAGUGCUGUAUUUUAUCGCAAAGAACUUAUUUGUGCCAUACAACUUAGUGUUGGCGGCACAGAAAUCUGUAAGGGCAGUAACCUCCGUGGUCGGUUGGUUCCCGUACUUCUUGUACUUGUGGAACAAGCUGGCUGUACCGUCGCUGUUUUUGGCGUAUUGGUGUUUCAUAUUUGCUGUACAGGUGUAUCUUUUCCUGGGCAGCAUCAACCACCCUGUUCUUGAAGAGGGGACGAUCAUCCUUCUCCUGGCCAGUAUGGCGGAGUGCUGCGGAAGCCCGUACGCGCUCCUCGGACUGUGUUUUACCGUGUCGUACGUAGCCCAGCUCAUACUCACCCUAACCAAGCUGUACCUCCAGGGGUUUGAAGCCUUUAUGCAUGACAACAUCAUGCACAGAGGAGUCACCGAGGGGCUGACACUACUGCUACUGGCACUACAAACUGGUUUACUUGAACUCAAGAGUGUACAAAGAACCUUCCUACUCAGUAUUGUCCUUUUCAUUGUCCUAGCGUCUACAAUCCAGUCUAUGCAUGAGAUUACCGAGCCCAUACUUUUGGCUCUGGGUGCGUCGCAGAAUAAAAGCUUCUGGAAGCACCUCCGGUCUAUCACCAUGUGCCUUUUCCUGCUCACCUUCCCCUUGUACAUGACUUUCCUCAUCAGUAGCUUCUUUGAUGUUGAUCUGUGGUUGCUGAUCAUCAUUUCGAGCUGUAUUCUCACCUCUCUGCACGCCGUGGCGUCGAUGUUCAUGUACACGCUCUUCAUGAUCGACGGAUAUCGCAACGAACCGUGGGAAAACCUGGACGACAUCGUGUACGCCAUAAAAGCGACCUGCAAGACGUUAGAAUUCAUUGUGGCGCUGUGCGUCGUGUACUACGGCGCGAAGGAAGCUCUGUUCGGGGAGUGGACUUGGAUCGGAGCCUCGGUUAUCAUCGUGCACUGCUACUUUAACGUGUGGCAGCGCGCUCAGCAAGGCUGGAAGAGCUUCUUACUGCGUAGGAAAGCGGUCAGCAACAUACAGUCUCUGCGACAGGCCACAGCAGAAGAACUAGCUCAGUUAAACGACGUCUGCGCCAUAUGUUUCCAGGAGCUAAACUCGGCGCGAGUGACCCCCUGUAGUCACUACUUCCACGGUGCGUGCCUCCGCAAGUGGCUCUACGUACAGGAGAAGUGCCCCAUGUGCCACACCGAAAUCAAAUUCGAGGCUGACACCCAGCAAGACCCGCCCCAAGAAAAUCAAGACAACGAGAGACAACAUCAUGCUGGAAAUGAGGCAGACGCAGAAGGACUUAGAAACAAUGAAAGGGACGAUCCCACACUUGAAGCUGAAGGACAGGGUGAAACCAAUAAUGCAGAUGAUAACGAACCAGAAGCUGCUAGGCCAAACAAUAAUGCAAACGAAAGCAAACCAUUGCUCGAACAAGACCAAAACUCUGAAAAUGUGGCAGGCCCAAAUGCCGUACAGGCUGAUUUAGAAGAAAUGGACAGAAAGACCUCCACUGAAAGACAACAUGUUUUAGAGCUUCCAAAAGUACAAGCUGAGGUACAUGUAGAUGAUAAAGAAGAAAAGGAAAAUGUUAGGAUAAGGCAAGAUGUUGCCAAGAAACCUCAGGAGACAGAAUCACAGGAGAGAGGUGGGUUACAUGCGUCAAGUCACAGUACAAGUAAUGACAAUCCUGAGGAACAACCACAAGACUGGGAAUUUGUGAAUGUAGGAAAUGUAGAUAGAUCAGAAACACAGGAUGGUGACACAGAACCUAGAAAUGAUGUACAACAUGAAGAUAAAUAAGAUACAUGAACGUUUUUGUAAUUAUGACAAAGGAUAGGAUAUUUUGCUUGUCAAUGAAUGUUCAUUUGUACACACAGUUCAGAUAUUGUAAGGCCUUCUUUUGUUUCUAUGGUAUGGUAGAAGUUAAUUUGCUUCUAUAUAGGUAUGGUAGAUAAUUUGCAACAAAGAACCAAAUGCAAUUUGCUAGCCUGGUUACCAAACCUAGUAUAGCUCCUGAGUCCUACAAGCCCUAUUU